GGGCCAAGGGAUGAUCCUUUUCACAACCUCUUCAGUGAUCAGGUACGGGGCAGCUGGCGUACAGUUCAUAGCAUAACUCAAGGGCCUGGGCAAUCAAUGGCAAUGAAGCGCCUUCAAGAUCUUAUGAAUCACGCAUGCCAGAUUUGAUUUCACUUCCUGCCCCGCGUGCUCAUUCAAACUGAAAUGCAGGAGCUGCCCCAUCCGCACUCGAUUGUGACGCCAUGCUGUGCUACUUGCUCAGCGUGAAGGCAAACUCAUCCUAACCCCUUCCGCUAUUUAAAACUCAGAUCAAUUCAACUAACACUGUUUUAUUCCAUACUUUCAUACAGAUCUCUGGCAGACUUUUGAACGGUAUUCUUUAAUCUCAUUCGAAGCUGGACAAGAACAUCAUCUCGCCAAAGGACAGAAGCAUACUUUAAUUAGAUUUGUUCAUCAAGACGCACGCAUACAAGCACAAACAUUUGUUUAAACUUGCAUCAUGGAUCUUCGUGUAGGAGGCAAGUACCGUAUCGGUAAAAAGAUCGGGUCAGGAUCUUUUGGAGAUAUUUAUUUGGGAAUCAACAUCAUCUCUGGUGAAGAGGUUGCUAUCAAAUUGGAAUCCAUCAAAGCCAAGCAUCCUCAAUUGGAGUAUGAAGCAAAAGUCUACAAGACAUUAGCAGGAGGGGUUGGUGUUCCAUUUGUGAGAUGGUAUGGACAAGAAUGCGAUUACAAUGCAAUGGUUAUCGAUCUGCUUGGUCCAUCCUUGGAAGAUCUAUUCAACUUCUGCAACCGCAAAUUCAGUCUCAAGACAGUUUUGUUACUGGCUGAUCAAAUGAUCUCUCGUAUCGAAUACAUUCACUCGCGCAACUUCAUCCAUCGUGAUAUCAAACCUGAUAACUUCUUGAUGGGUAUCGGAAAGCGCGGCAACCAAGUCAACGUCAUCGAUUUCGGUUUGGCAAAGAAGUAUCGUGAUCCAAAGACACACUUGCACAUCCCAUACAGAGAGAACAAAAACUUGACCGGUACAGCACGUUACACUUCCAUCAACACUCACUUGGGUGUUGAACAAUCUCGUCGUGAUGAUUUGGAAUCUUUGGGUUACGUGUUGAUGUACUUCUUGCGUGGCUCUUUGCCAUGGCAAGGUCUCAAAGCCGCAACAAAGAAGCAAAAGUACGACCGUAUCAUGGAAAAGAAGAUGACCACACCAACAGAAUUACUCUGCCGUGGCUUCCCAUCCGAGAUGGCUAUCUACUUGAACUGCUGCCGCUCGUUGCGUUUCGAUGACAAGCCUGAUUACAGCUACUUGCGCAAGCUGUUCCGUGAUCUCUUCGUUCGUGAAGGCUUCCAAUACGACUACAUCUUCGACUGGAGCAUUCAACAGAGGAGCAACACAGAAGAAAAGGCCGUCAGCUCAAGUGCAGUUGCUGCCAACGAUCAAGUCUCAAAAGCAGCUCAAGCUGCUGCCGCUGCCGCCGCUGCAGGAGGCUCAGGCAAUGCACAAUUGCCAAGACGCAAGGUGAUCGCACAAGGUGAGGAGGAUGCAAAUGGCAAAGAUACAAUGCGUGCUGCCACUGGAUCCUACCAACAAGGACAAUCGUCCAGCAAUCGACCACGCGGUGAUGUGCAACAAAACUCAUGGUAUUAAGGAGGGGAUGUAAAGACAUUGGCGCCAUGCAACGUAUGAUGCCAACAACCACCACUCUCUGCAUUCCAACAUUUAAUGAUCGGCAAAUAUUGAAAGGCAAAACAAACGGGACUUCCGCGUGAAACGCGAGGGCUUGGGAGGAAUAAUUUGAUCGCCUUUGUUGGAUGCCUUUAAACAUCCAAUCUGAUCGAU